CAAUAGAUCACUGUUUUUUUACUCGUUCUUAGAAACUACGUUGAGGUUUUUUGUUUGUGUAUUCAGAACCUUAUUAUGUCAUCGAUUUUCGAUGGAAACAGUGCCGUCUUAAACCAUUGAGAAGUAAUUGAAUAUUGAAUAGAAUUAAUUGAAAUAAAAUAUAAACUUAAUGUUCAAAAAAUGGUCUUACAUAAAGUGGCUGUGUCUUUUGUGUGUUUAAUACUAGCUGUUAAUGUGGUUGUUGGGAUAUUCGUAAGCAAUCUUAACGGCUCCUGCAUCAGAUGUCUCUGCCAUGUGGCUGGGUGUGAUCUGUCUCACACGUGCUCUGGGGGCUACUGUGGACCGUUCUACAUAUCAAAGGUCUACUGGGUGGAUGCAGGGAAGCCCACUCUUCCGGAUGAUAGCCCUGACAGGGAUGAAGCCUUUGAAGAUUGCGCCAGAGAUUUCUACUGCUCAGUGAAAAUAAUUGAAAGCUACAUGGCAAGAUUUGGAAAGGACUGCAACGGUGAUGGAGUGACUGACUGCUUCGAUUAUAUGAUGAUCAAUCACAAUGGUGGGAGAGCAUGUUCCUCACCACUGUUCCUAUCCGAGCUGGGCUUGCGGAGAUUGAAGCUCUUCAGACAAUGUCGCUUCCAGUAGACUAAGACACCCCAAUACAGUGCCGGAUUCAGCAACCUCGGGGCCCCUAGCAAAUUCUUCCAAGGAGCCCUUGAUCUGUAUUCAUCUUUUUUUUUAAGUUCUUUAAGUAAAAAAUAUAUAGAAAGUACAUUAUUCAACACAGUCAAAGAAAUAACAAUCUUAAAUUUAAUACAUUUCAAUGGCGACAUUGCAUUAUAGAAAUGGUUUGGUCAAUGAUUAUGUUUUAACAUCAGAGAUUUACAAAGCUUAUAAUAAUAACAGAUACUUGAUAUUUUAGUGUUGUACCUUUGGAGAGGUAACACUUGUUUAGUUAAAUAUUUAAAAUGUUUAGCUUAGUAUUAAACAAUCAUUAAUUUGUUAUUAAUGGCAUAGGUAAUAACUUAAUUUAUCUAAUUAUUUAUUAGUACGGUACGGUACGGUAGUGUUUAUUAGUACGUAACUCACGUUUUAUCGGUGAGGGUACCGAAUAGUUUCGGACCAUUCGGAGGUCAAAUUCAAAUUCAAAUAAUUUAUUCAAAAUAGGAUGUGACAUCACUUAUUGUAAGUCAAAAAAAACUACCACCCAUUCCAAAAUGAAUGCCUCAGGCCUGAUAAGAAUGGGCGCAACAAACUCAGCAGGCUUUUUUUUUUUCAUCAAAAAUAUGUUUUACAAUUAUUAAAGUACCAUUUGCAAAGUAACAAAGUAACAUUGUACAAUUAAACUUAUUAUUUAAUAGCCUGAGGGCGGUCGCUCCAUUUCCAAUAUGUGGUAUCAUUAAGAAAGUCAUUUAUGUUAUAGUAACCUUUACCACACGAACGUUUUUUAACAAUUCUUUUGAAUAACGUAAUACUCUUGUUUUGAACAUUUUCUGGGAUCCUGUUGUAAAAGCAUAUACAUCGCCCCACAAAAGACUUGCUAACUCGACUUAGCCGAGUAGAAGGCAAUAUAAGCUUAUGUCUGUUCCUGGUGUUAACAUUAUGGUUAUGACAGUCCUUCAUCAGGGACCAGGGUGAGUGUACCACUACACUACGGGAUAACGUUCGGGAUAACGUCCCUAAUGGUUCGAAAAUAGUCGGUACCCACACCGAUAUAACGUGAGUAAAGCCGUAAAUAAAUAAGUAGAUAAUGUCUCACGAAAGUUUUAAUAAAUUAAUUUAUCUAUAUUGCAAAUAGUCGGUUACCGAGUGUCGAACUUGGAUUGUCUUAGUUGGAAAAGUUAUAACGUUUUUGGGACAUGUAGUAAAUUCAAUGUACCAUCACUUUUAUAAGUUUCACUCAUAAAACUAUGCUCACGCAGUGAUGAAUGGGUUUAAAUAUGCGGGGCCCCAUUUAACGCGGGGCCCGUAGCAAUACUCUUGCUCCGUGGUAAUCCGGCACUGCCUCAAUACUGUACUGAUUAAUGUAAUCUAUUAAUUUAACGUUUACUCCAAUAAAUUAAUAUUAUAAUUG